UUUCGGAAUUGAAUUUUAAAACACAACAAAUGUAGAAUUGAUUUCAGUCACAAUAUUUACGAAAAUUUUGAGUUUUUAUUGCUUUACACUUAUUUGGCCCGUUAAUCAAAAUCACAAUGGCAGCACCAAAGGAAACUGUAAUGUAUUCACAAUUGCAGCCAUGGAGCACAGCUGGCGCCCCACCAUGCAUGGAACCCGUGGUUGGUCCACCAGUGCCGCCGCGUGUCGGUAUUUCGUAUCAGACCACCCAACGUCAUCCAUGGCGACCGGCACUGGCCUACGAAAUGAUGGAGGUUCAAAAUUUACCAGAACAACCUGUCACAAAUCAAAUGAUGCAACCUUGCUUUGUACCUGAUGGUAUGUCUACAAAUCCCAUAAUAUUUCCGAAUUUAGUUACAGGUUUCGAUCGUAAUCCUCAACAUGCGGCUAGAGCUGCUCUGUACACGCGUUACACUGGCACUGAGUGGAUCAAUAAUAAUCUCAGCAAAUAUGCCGAGGCAAAUAUUAAUCGACAUCAAUCGGAAAGUUUGCGCAAUGAUGCAGUGCGUUUGAUGCGUGAGACUGAUGAGAAAGUUGCACAAGGUCAACGCGAGGCUGGUAGACGUAUUGGAGAGCGUAUAACUGAUGUGACUUUCUGGCGUAAUGAAUUGAAUACUGAAUUGGAGAAACUUGUCUUUGAGUCAUCUGCUUUUACGGAGCUGAAACGUAAGUGCGCUAAAGCUAUGUUGGGUCUGGAAGCACCACUGCAUAUAGCGCAAGAAUGUCUCUAUCAUCGUGAAGGACGUGAAGGUAUAGAAAAAGUGCAUGACUCCGUGGAAAAAGCUUUGCUUGUGGAAAUAGAAAACUUGCGCAAUUCCAGAGAUAAAUUGAAUGAACUUCACGGAAAGAUCACUCAGCAAGCGAAUGAUUGUCGAGCUGCUCAGCAUUUAUUGGAAGAAGACGUGACUUUUAAGGAAUCAACACUUGGUAUUGAUUCAGUGUGUCAUCAACUUAAUAACUACAGUCGUGGUAUUACCUAUUAUGGAGGCAUUGAAAAAUAUGAUCCCAGCAUAAGCACACAGGAGUCCUGGGCAGAGGCAACCAGUCAACGCGUUAGCCGUUCACAAGCUGAACGUGCUAAGCUGACACAACUGAGAAGCGAUGCAGAAACCACUGUUAAUGGCAUUGCAUCUGCACUUUGGGAUUACUGGAGUCGUACGAAUAAUGCUCUAGAUCGCCGCUGUCAGGAAAUGGCUGAAUCCAAAAACAGAAUACAAAAUCAUUUGCAAAAAACCCAACAGGAGCUGUUCGAUUUGGAGAAGUUCUUAUUUUUGUUACAAAAGGCUAUACAGGAUAAGUCGAAACCUUUACAAGUUGCACAGACACGUCUCGAAGCCCGUUCUCAUCGUCAAGGUCUGGAGCUGUGCAAGGACUUUGCACAGUUACGUCUAAUAAGAGAGGUACAAGAUAUUCAGGGCACCGUUAAUCAAUUGCACAAGAAACUACAGGAAGCCGAGGCUCAACAUCAGAGUUUAUUGAAAACUCGUUCCAUGCUUGAAUCGGACUUGAAGCGCAAAGUUAAUGCUCUCUUUAUUGAUCGCGAAAAAUGCAUGGGGUUGCGUCGGUCCUUCCCUGUGGACACUUUAAUUAAAUACUAAAAUUUUAGCGUGGUUAAAAUUAUGGACAAUAUAAGUUAAAUUUAUGUACAUACUUUACGUGAACUUAAAAUACACUAGAAAAAUUAUACUGUUAAAAUGUGA